AGCAGCCCCGCGGCAGCUGCGGGGCGUGGGGGCGGUGGCAGCCGAGGCCGAGGCUCGGGCGGCGAAGGCGGCGGUGAAGGCUGCGACUCCCCAACCGGGGACGGUGCUCCGCUGGGCCUCUUUCCAGGCCCCAUGGAGGCGGCGGCGGCGGCGGCGGGUACGGGCUGCGGCCCCGGGUCGCCGCUACUGCUGAGCGACGGGGAGCAGCAGUGCUACUCCGAGCUCUUCGCGCGCUGCGCUGGCACUGCCAGCGGGGGCCCCGGGUCCGGGCCCCCUGAGGCCGCCAGGGCCGCCCCGGGCGCAGCCACCGCAGCCGCGGGCCCGGUGGCUGACCUGUUUCGGGCGUCGCAGCUGCCCGCCGAGACGCUGCACCAGAUCACAGAACUGUGUGGUGCCAAGCGGGUUGGUUAUUUUGGUCCAACUCAGUUUUAUGUUGCCUUGAAAUUAAUUGCUGCAGCACAGUCUGGCCUCCCCGUGCGGAUAGAGAGUAUUAAAUGUGAAUUGCCGCUGCCUCGCUUUAUGAUAUCAAAGACUGAAGGUGAGAUACGAUUUGGGAACUCGGCUGAGCUGCAUGGAACCAAGGUUCAAAUUCCAUAUGUAAUCUCGGAAAAAAAUACCUUCAAAAGAAUGGAUGAUGAGGAUAAACAGCAGGAAGCACAGUCUCCCACGAUGUCACCUCUCGCCUCCCCUCCUUCUUCCCCGCCUCAUUACCAGAGGGUGCCCUUGAGCCAUGGCUACAGUAAACUGCGGAGCAGCACGGAGCAGAUGCAUCCAGCUCCUUAUGAAGCUAGGCAGCCCCUUGUCCAGCCCGAGGGAUCCUCAUCAGGGAACCAAGGAGCCAAGCCCCCUCGGCAUCAGGCUUCCCUCAUCCGGUCUUUUUCAGUGGAGAGAGAACCCCAAGAUAACAACAGUAAUUACCCAGAUGAACCGUGGAGGAUAACAGAAGAGCAGCGCGAGUACUAUGUCAAUCAGUUCCGAUCCCUUCAGCCAGACCCGGGUUCCUUCAUUUCAGGUUCAGUGGCCAAGAACUUCUUCACCAAAUCAAAGCUUUCCAUUCCAGAACUCUCCUAUAUAUGGGAACUUAGUGAUGCUGACUGCGACGGAGCCCUGACCCUGCCUGAGUUCUGUGCUGCAUUUCAUCUCAUUGUGGCCCGGAAGAACGGCUAUCCUCUGCCUGACACCCUCCCUCCAACUCUGCAGCCAGACUACUUGCAAGCAGCCUUUCCAAAGACCAAGUGGGAGUGUACCUUAUUUGAUUCUUAUUCUGAUUCCAUGCCAGCAGACCAACAACCCCAUGACUUGAAUUGGAUGGAGAAGUUAUCUAUUAACGACAUGACUGACUUUCCUGUUCCUACCCAAGAUAUGACUGGUAAUGACAAACAAGCUUUGAAAAGUACUAUGGAUGAAGCCUUACCAAAGGACAUGUCUGAGAAUCCAGCCACUCCUAAGGAGUCCAACAGUCUCAAAGCAAGACCAAGAUCCAGAUCUUACUCUAGCACCUCCAUAGAAGAGGCCAUGAAAAGGGGCGAGGACCCUCCCACCCCGCCACCACGGCCACAGAAAACCCAUUCCAGAGCCUCCUCCUUGGAUCUGAAUAAAGUCUUCCAGCCCAGUGUGCCAGCUACUAAGUCAGGAUUGUUACCCCCGCCGCCUGCGCUCCCUCCGAGACCUUGUCCAUCACAGUCUGAGCAAGGGUUCGAGGCCGAGCUACACCCCCAACUGAGCAGAGCCCCCUCCCAAGCUGCAGAGAGUAGUCCAACAAAGAAGGACGUACCAUAUUCUCAGCCUCCAUCAAAGCCCAUCCGUAGGAAAUUACGACCUGAAAAUCAAGCUGCAGAAAAUCAAGAGCCUUCUGCCACUGCUGGUGGGCCAGCGUCUGCAGCAACUGCGAAACCCCAUCCAACAGCCCAAAAACAAUCUUCCAAACAAAAGAAGGCUAUUCAGACCGCUAUCCGCAAAAAUAAAGAGGCAAAUGCGGUGCUGGCCCGGCUGAACAGUGAACUCCAGCAGCAGCUCAAGGAAGUUCAUCAAGAACGAAUUGCAUUGGAAAACCAAUUGGAACAACUUCGUCCAGUCACUGUGUUGUGAUGCCCAAGACCCAAGUAACAGUGGGUGACCUUCUGUGCCAAGAUCUUUCCUUCAACUAUUUCAAUCCAAUUACAUGUCAUAGAUGUCUGACUGUGUCAAAAGCUGUGAGCAGUGGGUUAGAAUCCGCGCCACCUUUUCUCUUGUACUUGUAUGUUUUACUGGAUGGAAAAUACAACUGAUUAUCACGCUUGAAAUUGUAAUUAUCAGUGGAAUUUCUCUCCAAUUCUUCAAUAUUUCCUUGAGGUGUUAGAUGUUGCUCCUUACCAAAAAUCAAUCUUUUAUCAAAUAAUUUAGAGCAUUAUUUAUUUAAAGAUUUUACGAUUUAUCCAAAACCUCAUAACCCAGUAUAUUCAGGAUGCUUGUUUUAUUUUUGUUAUGUAUAUCGUGUACAGUAUGUUGGUUUCCUGAAUAAUUGAAAUUGUAACCGGAUAGUUUUUGGCAUGACAAUAAUAAAAACAAAAACUAAAAUAAAACAUGAGCAUCAGAUUUAAACUGGCUCUGUGCCCUCUACCACCAUAUACCAAAAAUUGCUUCUUUAGUGCCAUUUUGAUAUUAUAUUUAGCUAUAAAUAAUACAUGACUAUUGUUUUCUACUGAAUGUCCAAGACUUACUGGAUCUUCACACCUCUGUGAAGUGGAAGUUCUGUCAGUGAUCUAUUUAACUCGGCCCAGUUAGGUCACCAACCCAGAUAACUCAGUUCUUCUAUGUACAUUUUGUUGGCAAGAACAGUGUGCUGUAACUGCCUUGCCUGAUCAAAUUAAAUAAAUAGUUGCCAGAUCUCUACUUUUAUCCUCUGUGGGAUAACCUAUCUGUAAAUGCAUGAAUUUGGAAACUACCCAUCAAAUAUGAAAGGCUUAAGAGACUGUUUGUAUCAAUAAACAUUUAUUGUUUGAACCCAGGUAUUCAAACUGGGGAAGAAGAGGGAAAAUUGUUGUUACCAACCAUUCAACAAUCUCUGGUAAUUCUUUUUGUUUUUGUUAUAUUAUCUCGGGCUGUGAGUGUAUUGGGUAUGAAGUAAUAAAGAAAGGCAAUUCUGACACAGGGUAUAUAGCUAUUUGGUUCUAUGGGAAGUAUACCCUUGGGAAGUGAUUGGUUUAUGUGCCACUCAGAGGGGCCCAGCUGACUCCAGUGUAAGUGAUGUGAAACAGUGAGCUCAAAUCGCAGAAGCCAGUAUCCUGUAGAAAUUUGGAUAGCUGCUGCUUCACCUGAAAGCUCAAGUUGAAAGUGGGAAUUGACCAACCCUCACAGGGAUCAGGGCAUGCCGGCUUUAACAUUACCUUGAGAGAAUGAUGGCAAGAAAUGCUGUCUCUCAUGCAUUUUGCUCCUAUACACUUUCUUAGAGUAGAGGGGUGGGAUGUGUCUAGGGUCCUUUUUGAAGUGGUUUGGCUAGGUUUGCAGCAUAUGAGAUUAAAUCUUUGAUUUCAACAGAGUUGACAGCUUCUAGAAAAGUAGGCAUUUAUUUAAUGCUUCCUCAUUCCAUUGGCAAGCUUCAUCAAUAGCUUAAUGGCAGAAAAGAAAGGCUCAAACAGAUGAUGUUUUUCCAAAUAAAAACAAAUUGUUGAUUCUGUUCUGUGCAUGUUAAAGGCUUUUGAAUUGGCUUGAUUUUGAAAAUCAGAAAGCUUGAACUCUUUCUCUGUUCAUACCUUCUUCCUUCCCCUUUGGCUGCCUUUUUUUUUUUUUUUUUGUCCCUGUACGAAGGGUUCAGAAUCAGUUUAAACUCUUCCUAAGGUCAUGAAUGGGUCAAUGUAAAGUUAACCUCUUUUCCCUUUUUCUGAGAUCUGGGAGCUGUAACUAAUUUUAUUGACAGUGUCCUUGUGGCAGGCAUUUCACAGCAUGUUUGCCUUUUGGUUACAUUCAAUCCAGGAAAGGCUAGCAUGUGUACUUUAUCCCAUAAUCUUCCAGUACAUAUACACUCACUCGAGGUAGCACUUCACAUCCAUUAAGCAGACAUAUAAACUAAGCAAUGUUACUAUAUAUUAUGUAUUUUAAAAAUAUUGACAUUUCCCCCAUCAAGCCAAUGCCAGAGUAAGCCAAAUUAGGUUGGGAUUUUGUUUAGUUGGUUUGAUUUUUAUUAAAGGAAAAAAUCUUGCGUUAGACAAUCAAAGCUCCAUGAGUUGCAUAAUGUCACCAAUAUUUUAAGAUAGGCAUUGCAUUAAAGCACAUACCAAUAAUAUCUAUACCCAGCCUUCUUGACUGGACUUCUAGUUACCACAAUUUAUUAGUUGUUUAGAAGUGGAUUUAAAAAAAAUUAAAUAUAAGCAUGUAGAUGUACAUACACUUACAUUAUUAUUACCUAACUAGUGCCCAUCCUCUCUCCUUUUCUCUGUUUUCUUAGGAUGUGCACUUUCAGUUUAGGAUUAUAACUCCUGAUAAUGCUUCUGUGAGCCUUUAAUGUAAUUUAUAGGAGGGCUGGGCCAUUGAAAUUACCAUUAUAUCUCUUCUAGAAAACUGCUCCAGGUUGUAGCUGAAGAAUCCAUGGGAAGAAGUAAUUAGUGGCAGAGUUUGGAUGCCAGGCUGAUUUUAUGGAUUCUAGCUUAACUCCUUGAGCUUCUAGCAAAAUAGAUUAGAAGGGUUUCUUCUAUGUUAAAUUUUAUUUACUUAAUCUGUCUUAAAUUAUGAAAACACGUUUCAAUGACUAUUAGAUCUAGAUUUUUCUCAUGGAUUGAAGCAAAAAAUAAAAUCUGAAGGGGAAGAAUAUGGUUGAACUAUUUGUUCUUCUGAACACCUCACCUUUCAUGAUGCAAUAAGUUACUCUGAGUUUCUUGGCAGAACUUUUGAGAGCUGUUGCUGUGAAUGGAUUCCUUUCCUGUAUUCCUUAUGGGAGUUUGCUUCUAAAAUAGACUAGAAAUGAACUCAAUAUGUAGUAAGUUAGUUUUCUUCAGUGUAUCUUUGGUUACUAGGGUUGCAAAUGUUCAAUUUCAGCAUACUUAACGGUAAGUAAUCAAAAACAUGAGUUUUCUUUUGACUUCCUACCAAUGUCUGAACUCUCAUAAAGCAUCCUUCUCUUCAUAUAUGACUUGAUUUUGUAGUCUGUUUCUAAAUGAUAUUGUCUAGUUCUCAAAUGAUCUCACACCCAUGGUGAUAAUAGAUGUAUAUUCAGAAGAUCAAUAAGAAAAUCUGAAACGGAUAUGUUCUUUGUGAUUAAGAUAAGCUUUUGCAAAUGUCUUCUAAGCAGUAGUUUGAAAUAUCUCAACUAUGGUAUAACACCUUAGAGCUAAAACAUUUGUUCAACACAAACUAGAAUCACACCUCCUGGCUAGAUAUCACCAAGGGUGAUUUUAGAUAUAUAGCAAAAAGAAUUUCAACCAGGUCCUCCCAUAUUGACAAGUAGGACUCAGAGAUAGAUGGAAAAUUAUGAAUAUGAACAAAGUGAAAUAUAUCAUUUAACAGGCCUUUUUCUACUCUAGUUAAAUAUAACUGUAGUAACUUUGGUUUCUCUUUCCAAAUUGGUUUAUUCUGUUUUAGGUGUACACUUUUAAAACUAUGAUCAAAGGAUCACUUGAAUUUACACUUUAGUUAUUCAUGUUCUAUUAGGGCUUUUUUUGUUUUAUGACUCAGUGUGGGAAGAAGUAGGGAUUUGAGUUUUUAGAGUUCUGAGCUGGCAUAUCUUGUUUCUCCUUUGGCAUAGGCUAAGAGAGACUGCCCACCAAUACCAACAUAUCAAUCAUUGAUGGAUAUUUGAGUGUGAGUCUUACUAUGUGAACCACCCUGCUUUGCUUGUUUGCAUUAAGAAAUGCAUCUAGUUGUGACCCUCUUAAGAGCAACUGUAAGAACAACAGACAUGGAGGGCCAGCCAUUAAAAGCAGUACAAGUAGAUUCUAAGAGCUGUUUACCUUCUCAAAAAUAGGCUUUCAGAAGCUGCCUUAUAAGCAUACCCUGAAAUAGCCAGUCUGUGAAUGUGAGCAAGAUAUUCCAAGUAGGUAGUUGCUUUCAGGCUCUGUAGCUAUUUUCUUCAUUGACUAACACACAUGAUGUUAAUGGAACCUUUUCUAAAAGGCAUUGUAGGGUUUUAAUUGAGAGGACUUGUUCUAGUUGUAGAAGCCUUGCUCUGCUCUUAACAAUUGAGGGUGUUUAUUUUUCAUGUUUUUUUGAGUUCUCCUAUCUUGCUCUAAGCUAAGUUCAUAAUGGUGUGAGGUUAAAGAAAGUGGGUUUAUAACACCGAAAACCAGAGGACACUGACUUGAGUUGGAAUUUGACUACUACUAUAAGGAAACCUUCAGGUAGCAGUUCCAUCCUCAAGUUCCUUCAGGGAGCUCUGCCCUGGCAAUGAAACAAUUGAUGCAAUAAUGCAUUGUAUGAUGAUUGGAUAGACUGAGUUUGUGUUGUUUUUGUUCUGUUUUAAGGCAACUUGUGUGAGGGCUUCAACUGCACGCACAUUGAGAACUGGGUACACCUUUUCCUUUAAGCACUGCUAUUCUUUUGUUUCUUCACAAAUAUGUUCAAGUGAGCCACACGUGGGAAAGCCAUUUUAGUUUUUAUAAAAGUGGGCCAGGAGAGAUAAUGAGCUGAUGGUCUAUUUUAAUCUCAAAAGUAAAAAUGUAUAUUUUUUCAUGACAGGUACAUUGAACAGUAAAACAAGUAACCGCAAAGUAUAUCCUUGAUGCCUUCUGUCUUUUCAUGAUUAUAUGCUAAUAAUUUGUGUUAAUAUUUUACUCAGUCUCAUUCAUUUGCUAAGUAUAGAGAACAUCAUAUAUAUUGAUCUUAAAUAUAAAUAAAUAUAAGGUAUCCUAUACUUGGAUUGUAACUGGUAGACUCAAGCUAACCUUAUUGCCUCCUUUUCACACUUGUUGGAAAGUCUGUGAAGAACAUAGUAGGUUAAAAUAUUCAAAUUUGGAAAAUGUACAUGAUGUGUAACUAAAGUUAUAUGUUAAAAAUAAAUAUAUGAU